AUGGUACUUUUUCUCAGGCGUUGUCUAACACGGACAACACGUUGUCCAACACUAACCCCAAAGUCGCGAAGGGAAAUAAAUUACUUUUUGAAACCAAACGCUUGUUUCAGCGCCAAUUUCAGAGACUUAUCAAAUAAAAGUUUUGUUUAUACUGCGAGAAUGGCCUUGACACCCAGAGAAUCGGGCGAGUACAUCGUUGAGAAUGCCAAGCAUGUGCGUGUCCUGCCAGCUGGCAUUGAGAAGCUAACUCAGGAAAUCCUUAAAGCUCUGAAAGAGAAGCGGCUCAGCGUAGAGAAUUUCUCGCAGCAUGAACUGCACCCCAAUCCAGACUCAAAUCAUCCGGAAGACUACGUGAAAGCAGCCGAUUGGGUGUUCGUUCUGGAUACCCUAAACUUUUGCUUUUGGACGCCCGAUAACUACACGAAAUACAAGGUCAACGGGUAUACCGGCUACUUUGCCUUGUGCGCGGCUGUCAAAAGAGCCAUCAGCGAAGGUCUGGAUAUAACCAACCCCAAAUACUAUUCCGAGAUCGAUCUGAAGACGCUGAAGGACAUCUUCCGUUCCGACGACGGGGUGACCGAGAUUCCCCUGCUCCAAAAGCGGGUAGAUUGCCUGCACGAAGUAGGAAAAGUCCUACUGAACAAGUACGAUGGACGAUUUGAAAACGUAAUUAAGGCCGCUGACAAAUCAGCAGUGCGACUGCUGGACCUGGUUGUGGAAGAGUUCCCCUGCUUCAGGGACCAGGCGGAGUUCGCUGGCAAACGAGUCUCCAUCCUCAAGCGGGCUCAGAUCCUGGUGGGCGAUAUUUGGUGUUGCUAUCAAGGAAAGGGUCUUGGCUACUUCCAUGAUAUUUACAAGAUCACCAUGUUCGCGGACUACCGCGUACCUCAGGUUCUAGUGCUCUUUGGCAGCCUGGAGUACACCCCGGAACUUCUGGAGUUCCUCAAAACCGACACUAUCCUCGAGAAUGGCGAUCCGCGCGAGGUGGAGAUUCGAGGAGCCUCCAUUUACAUCAUCGAACGGGUCAGGGACGAAGUAGUGAAGCUCCUCAAGGAGAAUCACCCGGAUAUCUCCGUGGAUAAUGUAAACUCGAUCGUGAUCGACCAAUAUCUGUGGGACUAUAGACGCCAGCACAAUGCUGACCUGGAGCACAUCCCGUUCCACAAAGUGCUGAGCAUUUACUACUAAAUAAAGACGCUGUGGCAUUCGUUAAAUUGAA